UGGUUGUUGACAACCUGUUUGAGUAAAUCGUUUUCUUGCUUGGAAGGAUUAACUAAUUGGUCUUCAUCGACGUGCUAGUUGGGAUGUUUGACCCGUGGGUGAAUUAUACUUUUAUUAUAGAAGCGUACUCCAAAUGGGUUGUUCAUCUGGUAGAACUCUUUCUAUGAUUACAAUCGCCUUACAAGCAAUUAACCAAGGUGGAGAAAGUAGCGUACCUUCUGGUUAAUUCUGCUUUUAGAAAAUGACUUAUUAAAAAAUUGAUUUUACCAACACCAACUGCAACGUCGUCUCAUGAGUGACAUUACAAAUCCAUUUAUUAUAUCCAAAACAUUUAGAAUGUUGUGUCUUUCUGUGCGUAAAUAAUUGUAUUUGAUUGGGCCUAUUAAAAAAAAUCGAAAUGGCCCACUUGCGGUGUGAUCUGACGCAAACCUACAGGCCACUGCACAUCGUCAGUCAAUGGGAACGUUGAUUUCCUAUAAUGCCGCCUCCCAAACAACUGUGUGUUUUGAAUUCUCAAAACAGCGGAGUGGCCUUUGUGCCUAGAGUGGUCUGCGUUCAGUCAUGAGCGAAACGCGUCUAUUUGAACUUAACCUGUUUGAUCGACAAUUGUUGGCAACGUUUAUGGAGGUCACAGACUCACCUUCUAGACAACAUGUAUUUGAAAGUUUUAUACUCAACAGAAAUACAUUAGGCUGUUCAUUAUGCAGUCACUGAUAAAAAGAGAUGAAGGGCGCUACAACAAAUCAUCGGGGCAUGCGGCUCUGCUACAGUAUCCGGCCACGCCCUCCAACCUCUCCGUCAGGGCCACGCCCUCCAACCUCUCUGUCAGGGCCACUCCCUCCAACCUCUCUAUCAGGGCCACGCCCUCCAACCUCCCUGUCAGGGCCACGCCAGUGGAGGACAGGCCCCGGGCCCUCCCAGCCAUGCCCACGGGCGCAACAGCCCCAGCAGAGGCAACAGCAGAGGGCAUGAGGGAGCAGCCGUGGUCCUCCUCUGUGCUGACCCUCCAGGGUAGCACUGACCAGCAGCCCCAGGCUCCUGGGCAACUGUCGGUGACGGCUAAUGCCACCUCAGCAUUCAGCAGUGACAAUCAAACCACAGGAACAACAGACCCUUUAUCUCUAUCCCCUGUAGCCAGCAGCAGCUCAAACAUCAGCUCUGAGGAGGCGGUCGGCGGUUUGCCGGCGAACCCGGAUUUGCCCACAGUCCCGGGGGUGUCCUCCCUGGCCACGCUGGGCGAGAGCGACGCCGCCCCCCUGGAGAAUGUGACCAGUCCGUUCUCUACCCGCGCGCUGAACGCUACUACACCGGCAAGGGCUAACGCUAACAGCACUUCAGCGUCCACCUCGGCUGCACACACCAAGCCAACACCAGACACUGUGACCAACGAAAGUCUACAGCUCACAACUGUCACCACCACGACGGUAACACCCCUGAAUGUGACCAGCACAACUGUGACACCCCAAACCGCGAUGGCUCCGACCACAGAGGGCGUUGCAACCACGACGUGGACCACUGCGACCACGGUGGGGGUAACCGCCCUCCGAGAGACCACGGUCCUGAUAACCACCGCUGAACCACCCGCCACGACCACGACCACUCCCAGCACGACGACGACUACUACCGCCAUGCUGCCCACAACUUUGACCGUCCACACCACGAGCACCAAAAUUGCGCUCGCCACCUCGCGAGUGACCACAACUGAAACUCCUCCCACCAGUGCUGAAGAGGACCGUUUACCAUGUAACAUCACUGAGAAGACUUGGGUGAAAACAGUUUUGUCCAUGCAGUUGUGGAGGAACAGGCUUGACAUCAUCGUGAGGGAGAAUCUGUCUAAAGGGCUCACCCAUGCUUUACAGAGGGCCUUCAAUGACACCAGUGUUUAUGUCCAGGUUGAACGUGACCUCUGCAGCCCUCACAAUGUGACCCUUGGGUACUAUGUAACCAGUGGGAAAACGGUUUACAUAGCAUCUGUGGUGGUGGAGACGGUAAAUGCCUAUGGCUUCGACAAAGUCCUGGCAGACAUCCGCCAGCACAGUCCUCUGGUGAAGGCUGUUCUGGUCCCUGUGGCCCACUGGGCCCCCAGCCUUAGUGUCCAUCUGCAGCUCAAAACCGUUCUCAGGUUUGUAGGCCCAGCGGACAACAUCUACUCGUGCAGUUUCGUUCAAAUGAUGGAGCAGCGUUUGGAGAAUGCCUUUGAGGACGCUCAGGACAAAGUGCUGGAAUCUUACGGCAGGCUUUCCGUUGAGAUCCAGGGCACGUUCCAGGCGACAGGCUCCCCUGCUGUAUCUCUGGUCUAUGUGGUCCAAAACCAGGAUGCUGUCCUGAAUGGAACGGUCUCCAGUGGGCUUCUCAAUCAGCUGACCGCAGAGAUGGUGGGCUACUUCCUCUUCUACCCACCGCUUGUCAUCGCUGAGCCGCUGGAGUACCACAAUCUGAAUACCUCUGCUGCCACCAAGCAGUACUGGGUCAUCACAGUAAUUCAGGAUGUUGACAGCUCUUCUCUGGAGGGGAAUUAUCAGAGCUUCGCUAGUUUAAUGGAGCAACGGCUAGCUGAGCUGUUUUUGGUGGCUGGGCGUCAGGGGAGCCAGGGGAGUCGCUUUAGAAGGGCCACCACUGUCGGGAGCUACACUGUCCAGAUGGUUGGAAUUCGUCGACUCCCUGGGCCGAAGAACCCCGCAGAAAUGACUUACUACACCCAACUGAACGGAGCCCCUUUAAGUGGCAUAACAGCAGCAAAGACCCUGAGCACCUUGGAUUCCCAAACCAUGGCCCUAACCCUGGGUUACUUUGUCCAGGUCCAAGCUGAUCCUGUGGUUAAGGUCCCGCCUGCCAAUCUGUGGAUCACGGCCGUGUUGACGCCUGUUGCCCUGGUAAUGGUAGUUGUCGUCAUGGUCAUCGCCAUCAUGUGGAAGAGGAACAGAAUCAUCUUCAAGACCGGCGCAUUCAGAAGCUUCAAAACGCGCUCCAAGACAUCCUAUCGGAGGGAGGGCAGUUAUCAUCACCAGCCUGUGCAGGGAUUUGACUAUGCCAAGAAACACAUGGGCCAUCAACAAGGUGAGGAGACGGUUACCAAGGAGACGCUGGUUCUGGGGCUUCCAGUCAGAGAUGCCCCAUUGUCACUGGACCGAAAGGUGCACCAGGAUGGGACCGCUUCCAAAAGACCUCCUUCUGCUGACAUCAUUCACAAAGGCAGGUUGCCAAGCGAGGACGGCUCGGUUACGAGCAACGAAUCCGGGAAACUCAACACGGGCAAGAGUCUGACGGCACGGAGGACUGCGCCACACAAGAACGCCAAGGAGGAUCUGCUACACAAGAGGAACGCAGACCCCUACGAGGACCACACAGGCUCACUCAGACUCAUCACCAUCAAGCCGAUGGCAGCUCAACCCACGUACUCCUACCCAUCCUCGUCCAGCCACAGCCAGGACUCGGUGGUCCUGAAUGGGGAGGCAAACAUGGGACUCAAGCAGAAAUCAGACAUCGAACAUUACAGGAAUAAACUUCGGCAAAAAGCUAAGAGGAAAGGAUACUGUGAUUUUCCCAUCACAGACAAUGGCAUCCACCAAUUUAACCCCAGAGAGAGGCACACCAGGCAUGAUAGUGUCAACGAACCAAUGACUGCUGAGGAGAAGAGAGCCUCCUAUGCAGGAUGCCACAUCAGGAGACAACCCCCAUCUAGAGAGCCAGCCUACUGGAGCCGUCAGUCCUUGGCUAACAGCAGCCCUAGCCCUGCGGAGACAGAGAUGGACCAUCUGGUCCUCAGGGAGAGGUCCAGGAGAGGUAUCCGCAACAGUGGCUAUGAUGCGGAACCAGAGCCAUUUGAGGAGACCAAUGUGGACCGACUGAUGAGCUCCCUGGGUUACAGUGGAAGCCAUCAGGUCAAGGGUCUCUCAGACUCGUCUACUCUAAGUUCUCAGCCCUCCAUCAACGAGGUCCAGCAGCAGAUGCAUAUGUUGCUGGGUAACGCAUUCGGGCUGGCCCCAGACGAGCCCCCCACCGCCAACAGCCACCAUCACCGACACCCCCAUCCGCAUCUUCACAGUUCCUACAACCCCAGCCAUACCAGCCCCUACUCUGAAGGGGUAACUAGCGCUCCUGGCACCAUGAACCACCCAUGUGGAGGGGGGCGCCAGCGCGGGCCUGCUUACGGGCCAGAAAUGCACCAGUGUAGCUUACCCAAGCCAGGCUUCAGGUUCACUCAGCUUCCUGACAUGGGCAUUGGACCCCCGCCACCUCUGAUUCCCUCCAGACCCGGACCCCCUCAAGGGACUUCAGUGAGGCGUUCUACACCCGACGUCAGCCUGAAGCCUCGCAUUUCCGAGGCCUCUGAGAUGCAGAGUCAGCACAAUGGCGCCCCCUAUCUGCCUAUCAAUAGAGCGCCCUUCCCUUCUGUUACUGUUGACCAGUCAAUGACCAGCUACUCAGGAAACCCAAUGACAGCAGUUUACGCCAUAUCGGCUAACCGUCCAGGUUACUCGGACUACUUUGUUAUGUCUCCACCAUCGUCGUAUGGAAGCCCAUCCUGGAUGUCCUACCCACCUGAACCUGAGGACAUCCCACACCAGUGGAAUGACACUGUAAACACAAACCCGUGUCAUUUAGAAACCAUUUGUUGAGAUCUAAUCUCUGGCACUGAGUGGAAACCGCAUAUUUCUCGGUGUCCUAUAGUUUGAGCAGUCGGGCCUCACUCCCUCACUCUGAGUACCCCUGGACUGGAGCACCCCGUCCUGCCCUUCACCCUGGCCUGCCUCCUCAGCCCAGCCAGGCCCUCUUUGCCCUGCUCCCUGAGCUACAGGUCUAACAGACCUCACAGUCUCCAGAUCAACUGCCACCAGCCAGCAGAGGACGGCCCAGACUAGAAUGCAGCACCAUCCCUACUGGUAGUGCCCUAUACAGCCUCAGCCGUGGUCCGGACCUGUCCGACGACGGGGCUGGCAAAGCUGGACUAACUGUGCUUUUUGAUGAUCCAAAUGAACGGAAAGAAGAGUUUUACCUACUGUACUACUGGUGGUUUAUGUGUAUUUUAAAAACGACAACAAAGAAACUAACUCGUCUUGAGCUGUAUCAGUUUCAGUUUUAGGAUAUUUGUGUGCUUUGUCAUUUACUUUAGUGCAUUACUUGUUUGUAAUGGGGGAAAAAAAAUAAUGUGAGUGCAUCUUUUGCGCUCACCCCAUUCCAAGGCAAAAAAAAGUGUGCAGGAGAAGCUUUGGUGUGAGGGUCAUUGUUUUAUUUAAUGCAAAAUGGAUUCAUUACCCUUUCCCCAUCAAAUUACUGUUUAAAAAAACAGUCACUUGUUCUGUUAUUCAUUAGAGGUUUGUCAGCCAACCAUGAUUACGAAAAGCUGGAUAGUCGUAUAUUGCAGCACACAAAUGAUCUUACAAUGGUUCUUUACUUACAAGUGUUAUGUAUUUGUAUUUGGAGAUUUUGACUUAUAUUGGGUCAUAUUCAUUCACUGGAUGGAGUGGUUAUAAUAAGGAGUGUUUAAUGGGCCGAAGGCAUAUUGAUUAAAUGUAUUAUGUAACGUGAUUACAUACAUUAUUGAAGAGACUUAUGCAAGCAUUGAGGAUUGAGAUGAAGAACGUUACUGCAUAUACAGCAUUUUGACAAUUAUUUUGAGACAUGUUGACUUGCUUUACAGCAUUUUGAAGGAUGAUCAAAUCUUUUUGAAACUUAUUUUCUAAUUUGGCAAGGGUACCAACACUUAGAUAUCUGACUGCCAGGGUCACCUAGUGUGCAAUGCAUCACAUUUCUAGCUUAUGAAAGUGCUGGUAAAUGCAUAGACAAUUACUCACAUGGUCAUAACAUAAGCAAAGAUGAUUUAUAAUAAUAUUUCACUCAUACCUCCUGAAUGGGUUAGAAAUCAACUGGAAUGUGAUGCCUGGGUUUUUUUCCCCAUGUACACCCAAAUACUGUAGUGGAUUUCCAUCCAUGCAGAUUGUAUUCAUGGAUUGCAAGUUUCCUAACAUUGUUUUAGCGUCCAUUUGGGGGCUACUCAAUGUAUACGCAAUUUGAUCUGGUGCAAUACCAAGGCUUGGAAACACUACACCAAAUAAUAAUAGCUAAACCUUUUGACAUUACUGAAAUUUAACUAGCCAAUGUUAACAUCAACAGCUGUUUUUGACUCAAUCUGCAAGCUAAUGACAGUAUCAACAUUUGUCAGCGUGCAAUAAGAUAAUAAUAAUAUGAUGAUAACGGCACCGUUGUUUUCUCCUACAUAUUAGACUACUUAAUAGAUGUUUCAAAACUACUAUAGUGCAAUUUAGACAACGUUAAUCAGCCCCUGUUUAAAGUCAGUAGCCCCAGUUCGUCUUCCGGUGGUCAACAUGUCAAUAGAAUGUUACAGACCAUGGCAACGAUGCGACUUGAGUUACGCAGGUGCAAUGCGGCUGCAUUAGAUCAACAAUCGCCCAAAUAUUGUUACCAGAUGAUUUGUAUUGCUGUGAUAUCACUGAUACGAUUAUCCAAUAAUGACGUGUCAUUGAAAAGUUUUUUGCAUUUAUAAGGACAGAAUAAAGUCCCAUCAGUGUGAUAUAGAACAUAAAAUAUGGCCUAGGUAGAAUACUAGUUAAGUCUGGAUAAGAAAAUCUGAGCACUUUCUCACAUAAACCUACCCAACAAAAACUGCAGUAUCAAUGCAAAUGCUUUAAGCAUGCAAUAUUCAUAUUUCAAAUAUUAGAAUAACAAUUUUCUAACAAACUAUAUGAUUCACAAACAACAUCAGAGUGAUUGCAUAGGCAGUAUAUAGUGUAUCAGUUUGGAUGGGUAGUGUGUACUCAACAGAUAUCAACUGUUGCUACCCAGUUUGAAAAUACAUUGUUUUACUAUUUUUCUACAAAAUUAUAAAUCAAUUAUUUUUUUGGAGAUGUAGAUCUACAAGUUUAAGCGCAAUAUUCCAAAGGAAACAUUAUAAAAACUUAAAAUACAGAAUUGCAAAGACAUUUUGAGGAUCUGUCAGAUUUGCUCCAUAAUGCUACAGAAGAUGUCAACUUUUUCCAGCUCUACCCAUUCAUUUGUAAAUAGUCCUAGAUUUAUUCACAGUAAAGUUUCACUCAACAACGUUAAUGUGACUGGAAAAGGAAUUGUAAUGUUGCCCAUGCCCAUGAAUUGAACAUCUUGCCCUUUAUUAACAAGCACAAAAAAUCUGAUUGGUGCUUGGUAUCAUCAUCAUUAUCAUGAGUGUUGCUAAAAAAAAACAUAAAAGCACUCCCAUUAGUUGAAAACAAUAUAUCAUUGGUACAGUAUGUCCAUUUAUCCAUAUUUGAUGCUAACAAAUGGGAAAUAUGAUUGAUCAAAUGGAACGUAAUGAAUGUGUUGACAUACGUUGAUGUACUGUUAAUGCUUAUUUUACCAGAUGCAUUUCUCAGAGAUGGAAUGUGUUGAUUGGCCCCUGAGGUUUCUGAAAGAACUGCGGUUUGAAUCAUGUCACGACGAAUGCAGUUGGAUGUAAUAACGCAGAAUUUUGUUGAAAUAAAACCCAAUAAAUUA